AUGAACAUGGAGUAUCUGGACGCGGCGCUGAACGAGUCUCUGCGGCUGUUCCCCGUCGCUGGUCGACUCGAGCGGGUCUGUAAGAAAACGGUGGAUAUCAACGGCUUCCUCAUCCCUAAAGACGUGGUGGUGAUGAUCCCGACAUACGCGCUUCACAGAGACCCGGAUUACUGGAGCGACCCGGAGAGCUUCAAACCCGAGAGGUUCACUAAAGACAACAAGGAGUCGAUCGACCCCUACAUGUACAUGCCCUUC